AGAGAGCGUGAGAGGGGUUUGGACACAUUUGGAGAAUCAGAGGGGAGGAGGAAAGGAAGGAGGAGGGGGAGAAAGAUCCGGAGAAAAGGUUUGAAAGGAAUACAGAGACGUUUCAGUGGUCGGUUCGACAGUAAAGGAAUAAGUGGAGGUCAAAACGGGAGCCAAAAGCGUCUUAAAGUCUGUGUGUGUGUGUGGAUUUUACUGCUGCCGGGGUGCCGCUGGGCACGCGCCUACUCCUGUGUGAGUCGUCGGGCGGAUUAGAUGAGUUUGACUUCACGAUGAGGAGCGACCCUGUUCUGUUCACUUCCAACAGGGAUUUCAGAGGUCAACUAAAGCUGCCAGUGCCCAGUCCAGUAUUACAAAAUCCAGGUCAACAUUGGGGUAGCUUCACACCACAGCAAGAGCGAUGGAGGAGCUGGUGUGUGAGCUUCGUCUGUUCCUGGACCUGUUGGACAGGGAGUAUCUGAGCGCAGGGGUUCGAGAGAAAAAGAUGCACCUCUCCAACAUCCUCCACAAAGUCCUCUCAGAUAAAGAGCCUUCAUUCAAGUCAGAGAUCCACAGUGGACUGCCGACCCCGCCUCAGAUGCCCCUUCCAGAGAUCCCUCACCCCUGGCUACCUCCAAACAAUGGCCCUCCUCCUCUGCCCAGCUCCUCUCUACCAGAAGGAUACUAUGAGGAAGCGGUUCCUUUAAGUCCUGGAAAGGCUCCUGAAUACAUCACUGCUAACUAUGACUCGGACGCCAUGAGCAGCUCUUAUGAGUCGUACGACGAAGAAGAGGAGGAUGGGAAGGGCCUGAAGAUGCGUCACCAGUGGCCAUCUGCAGAGGCAUCCAUGGAUCUGGUGAAGGACGCUCGGAUCUGUGCAUUCCUGCUGCGUAAGAAGCGCUUUGGCCAGUGGACCAAACUCCUAUGUGUCAUCAAAGAUAACAAACUGCUGUGUUACAAGUCCUCCAAAGACCACGCCCCCCAGAUGGAGCUGACCUUGUCAGGGUGCAGCAUCACUCACAUCCCCAAAGACGGCAAGAAGAAAAAGCACGAACUAAAGAUCCUCCACCAGGGGGCCGAUGCGCUGGUGCUGGCUGUUCAGAGCAAAGAACAAGCCGAGGAGUGGCUUAAGGUGAUGAGAGAGGUGUGUAUUAAUGGAUGUAUAGACUUGGAUGGAGCUGGAUCUGGGUCACCAGUGCACAAACCCGAACUGGAAAAGAAGGCAUCAUAUGACAGACCAAGCUCCGAUGGUGAAGCCACUCAUGAGAACGGACACAGCGACUGCAAGGACCAAGGAAAAGGCAAGAAGAACUCAAAGUCAGAGCAGAAGACUGGGACGGUGGGGAAGGGAGCAGGGAAGAAGAUCACUAAGAUCAUCGGCCUGGGUAAGAAGAAGCCGUCCACAGAUGAGCAGACCUCGUCAGCAGAAGAAGACGUACCCACAUGUGGCUACCUGAAUGUGUUGUCCAAUAAUCGAUGGAGGGAGCGCUGGUGCCGCCUGAAAGAUAACCAGCUGCUCCUCCAUAAGGACCGUGAUGACCUAAAGAGCCACAUUGCCUCGCUGCCCCUUCGAGGCUGCGAGGUCAGUCCCGGCCUCGAUCACAAACACCCCUUUGCCUUCCGCCUGCUUCGUAACGGCCAGGAGGUUGCUGUACUGGAGGCCUCCUCCUCUGAGGAGAUGGGUCGCUGGUUGGGGAUUUUAUUGGCUGAGACUGGCUCCACCACCGACCCAGCCACCCUGCACUACGACUAUAUCGAUGUCGAGACCACCGCCAAUGUCAUUCAGCUGGCCAAGCAGUCCUUCUGUUUCACCAGUAAGCGUGCUGUCUCUCCUAACCCGUACCUGGACAACCCAGUCAACAGCUAUGCCUGCCCCACUGGCAUGGCUCUGCACUAUGAUGAUGUGCCUAUUAACGGAACGGACCCAGAGGUGCAGUACUCCAGUCCCAGCACAGGGAAGCGCCAGCUGAAGGAGGAGGUGCACUAUGAGAACUCUGACCUCUAUGAGAACAUGCCCUCGCCCAAGCUGGACACUCGCUAUACUAUGAAGCCUUCCUCUUCUUCUACUUCAUCUUCUUCCAGUCGCUACAAAACCCCUGUUUCUAAAAUCUCUUCUAAGUUCCUCACUGCUGAUACUAAAACUAAAGCCUCUGCUCAGCUGAAGGGAAAGAAGGGAACAGGGCCCAAUGGAGUGGCAUCAAAACAGAAGGCAGAGCCAAAGAACCAACCCAAGAAGAAUGGAGUCAAUGGGACAAAUGGGACAGCUUCUGUGAAACGCAACAGCUCUAAUGCAGAGCAGUGUAAGUACGGGAAAAACCGUGUGGAGGCUGACGCCAAGCGGCUGCAGGCUAAGGAGGAAGAGCUGAUAAAAAAGAGGCAGGAGAUCAGGAACCAUCUGACCCAGCUGAAGAAGGACAGGAGAGACCUGCGCACUGCAGUGGAAGCUGCUGCUGGCAAACGCUCACACGCCUCACUGACGGAGCGACUAAAGAAGGUGGAGGACGACUGCAGGCAGAGGGAGGAGGAGCGGGUGAACCUUGAACUUGAGAUGACAGAGGUGAAGGAGAGCCUGAAGAAAGCACUGAGCGGUGGGGUCACCCUGGGCCUCACCAUUGAACCAAAAGAUGGCUCCUCUGGAAUCCAGGUUGGAACACCUUCACCGGCAAUGUUGCGAAGGACCCAGGAGUCUUCUCCCUUCUCCAGCUGUGACACCAGCGACACAGAGUCUUGCUCCCUGCCAGUCAACAGUGCCUCACUGAUCCGGAGGCAGCAGGGUGGCCAGAAGGCCUCAGCAGUCCGGGGACAUGUCCUCAGGAAGGCCAAGGAAUGGGAGCAGAAGACCGGCACAUAAACCACCCAACCCUUCACAUCAGUCUUACUUUCUAUUCUUUUUUUCUUUUUGAGAAAUUGUGUAUAUAUUUAUUUAAAAUGUUCAUACAUAAGUGUGUUGAGGAACACACAAGCAUGAAUAAAACCAGUUGCUGCUUUGAAUAUACUGUCAGUACCACAACAAACAGACGUAGCAACCUUUUUAAACUGUUUCACCAUUGAGCAUGCUUAUUGUACAACUUGUGUUGUCCACUGUACUUUCUGUUCAAGCAACCGCCUUCUGCUUUUUUCACUCAAAUCUGUUUCAGCAGUCUGUAACAGUGUGGGUUCAAAAUGUCAAAGGUCAAAACCAAGUAUUUAUUUGUAAAUGUUUAGAGAAAAUACUAGCUUCCCUUUGUUUAUUUAUGUUGAUAUAUUUAAAGUUUUUUUUGUUGAUUUUGUAGCGCGACACAGAAUCUCAUCUCUACAAAGAUGGGUAUCAGCAUCUGCAAACAAAGUGCAACACACACCAGCUGAGUCACAUUUCAGAUCCUCUAAGGGGUAUUUAAAGUAGUAUAAUUAUUUUCAAGAUCAUCCUAACUCUAUAAAAUUGUGGAGGUUGAUCUGUAUGGCUGUGUGACAUGUUGACGCCUGAUUUAUGCAAAGCCGUAUAGUUGCAGAGAAAACCUUUUUAUUAAAAACAAUUUGAGACUUAUACAUAAGAGUGUCUCAAAUCAUUAAUAAAGAUGCCAUUCAUUGUUUUAACAAAGUUAGUUUAAGGACAUUCUUAAACACAAAAGGGUUAAUUAUUUAAUAAUAAUUAUGAAAUAUGUUUUGUUUGAACCUACCUGUUAAAUUUUACACUUCCAGUACAUGUUUUGCAUGUACUGGAGGCGUAAAGUUGACAUGUCAUAUGUCAAUGUUUUACUCUUUGUUGAAAUGUUAUGAGUAUUAAUAUGAACAGAAAUUAUCCCAUUAUUUCGCUCCUGCUUAUACGCAGUAUUCAUAGAAAUACAACUACGAGAUCAGCUUGUAGCAUAGUUGUGAAGGAAAUGCUAAAUAUGGUCACAGUUGGCCAGACCUAAGUCUGUUUCCUGCUGGUUGGAAAAAUUAACCAAACCAACCAUGAAGCGCUAUUUCAGAAGUAUCUUGCUAAUAGAGUUGUCAUGCUUCUUUAAAUAGCCCCUUAGUGUGAUGUUGAUGGCUGUCAUUAGCCUGUAGCAGGACUCACCCGUGUGUUAGCACUAAGAAACCAGGAAUGUCAGGUUGAGGCGUGGCAGCCCUUAGAUUUCAAACUCAUCGUUGGAAAACUAAGAAACUCAACCGCUGUGGCUAACUCUCCCUCAUUCAAGAGCCUCGGUCCAGCUCUUCUAAUCACGCCACUGGUUAACUGUAGUCCUGGGAUCUGUCAGCGCCAACUGCCGCUCGCUCAUGUAAAUAUGUUCUAUCCCCUUCCUGUUAUCAGUCCGUCUGCACCAAAUGCCUCCAAGGCACAUUUCAAACCUAUCAACAUUACACUGACUGAAAUAGAGGAAACUCAAAUUGCUAUAUGUUCUGCUAAAUGAAAGACUGUGACUUUGAUUUUCAGACCACUUCACACACACAAACAUUCAUUAAUGUCACAUUUUUAUGCUGCUUUUUAAAUGGCUUUAUUUUCUACUGAUAAGAUCGUUGUCAUGUUGAUGCUAAUUUGCUUUAUUGGGAUUGUUAACAGAAGUAGCGUUACUGCUAAUGUUUGGAAAUCAAUGCAAAAUACAGCGCCAACUGUUACUCGCUAUGUAAAUAUGUUCUAUCCCCUUCCUGUUUUCAAACAGAUACCCCACAAGUCUGUGAACUAGAGUGUAGUCAGCAUGUUAACAUGAAGAAAGGGACAUAUGGGGAGUUACAUCUACAAGUAUUUAGUAAAUGUGGAUUCCCUGUUGGCUCAGUGUGGCUUAUAGCUGAGUCUGAUGUUAGUAAAUGUGAACCUCCUGUACAUAGCUUAGCUUUGUGUGGGGGGACUGCAUCAGUAUUUGUUUAUGCACCUUAUACAUUUUCUUCUCUGUUGUAUAUCUGAGACAGUCUCCGCCUUGGUGACAGACACGCUUGUAAAUAAAUUAAUAAACCUCCUGACAAACGUC